AUGGCGAGACGUUUAGCAAAUGAAGAAGCGAUUCUAGGAGUAGUCUUUUCGGGAGUAAAUGUGGCUGCAGCGAUUGAACUCGCCAAGCGUCCCGAGAACAAGGAGAAAUUGAUUGUCACCACUGUAAAUAAUUUCGCCGAGAAUUAUUUUACGUGCGUCUCUGGAGUUGAAAAAAUUGACGAAGGUUGUUUGCUUGAUUACUAUGAUCAGAUCUUCUGCUAUUGCCAGUAUACCUAUAUUUAG